UUUAGAGUAAUUUAUGACAGGAAGAUUGAUCGAAAGUCCCAAGAAUUGUCCUUUGAGUUAGUCACUCAAGAUGGUUAUCCGAUUACGUCUUUUGUGGGUUAAGUUUAUCAAUUGUAAAUACUGAUAUCAUCUCUUCAGAUUCUAAAAUGAAGUUGUCGGUAAUAAUUUUUGGCGUGAUGGCGGCGUGCGCGGUAUCGUACGCUGUCGAGCAUGGACCCUUAAUUACCGUACUGCAGCCACAAUCAGAGCCAGAGUACGAACAGGUCGCCUUGGUUGACACCUACCCACACGAUAGACAGAAGAGAGGAUUGCUUCUUGGUGCCGCGGCUCUCGGUGCAGCAGCACUCGGAGCUGGAGCCAUCGGUGCUGGUGUCCUCGGCGCAGGCGCAAUCGGCGCGGGCGCAAUCGGCGCAGGUGUGCUCGGUGCUAAAGCUGGUCUGAUCGGAGGAGCGCUGGCAGCCAAGGCCUUCCACGGCAAGAGCUACGGCGGUUACUACGGUAGUGGCUACAGCAGCUAUGGUGGCUAUGGCAGCGGUUACGGCUACUACGGCGGUGGUGGUUACCCUAUUUACAGGAGUUACCCUACCGUGUACGUUGAGGACGAAUGGUAUUGAAUACAGAAGCUUUAAUUAUUGUUACUUAAUUAUAAGAAAUUUCCACGUUAAAAGUGAACGUUACGAACUGAUUGAGGAAAACGUGUAUA